UCCUUUGAAAGCAAUAUUUGCGAGCCCAGUCAUGUCUUGGAAGGCCUGGGUUAUCCAGUACGGGUAAUUUAAAUAUAAACAAUAGCCCUUGCUUCCUGCCAAAAUGAUAUUUCAUGAUUUGAAAGAUGUCCAAUUAGACAAUAUUAUUUCAUUUGGUGACCAUGGAGGACUGUGAACCACAGGAAUUGUUAAUGCACAAUGUUCAGGACCUUAGGAAACGGUUGCUGGACACCGAGAGAAAUUUGAAGAAACUGUCAAAAAUUGACCAGCGGGGAAAUUAUGACGACUCUGACCUAGAAUCAAUAUCAACAUUGAAUAGUGUGGCCGUCACAGAGCGAUUUGUAGUUACAAUGGAUGAUUUAAUGAGGAAUCCCCUUCAGCAUGAUAUUUCUUGUGACAAAGACAGCAUAAAGUCUGGUUUGGCCACGCUACCAGAAUCGUCUUAUGCUGGGUUUGAGAGAAUUAAGCAUGCUUCUAGCACACCAAAUAAACCACAGACGUUCAGUCGACUAGACCGCCAUGACAGGGUGCAGUUGAUGGAGAGGGGUUCACAACAGGAGUCUGGAGAAAUCCGCUACUUAAAAGAGGCCAACAAAAAACUGCUCCAGCAAAACCAUAAACUGCUGGGAGAGAUGGAGAAAUGUAGCCAAGAGCUGAAUGCUGCCAGAUCAAAGGUCCUGGAAUUAAGUACAGAGUUAGAUGACUACCGCCAGAGCGUGCCAGACUUGGAGGAUAAAAUUGUGGGACUGCAAGCAGAAACGGAGUCACAAGACAAAGCCCUGAGAGAAGCUGAAGAACGUUAUGAGAAAAUACAGCGACAAAAUGCAGACUAUCAACUACAGAUUAAACAGAAUGAACAAGAGAUAGAGGAGCUCCAAACAGACUUAAAAGAUGAAAAGAAAAAGAGAAAGGGGGCAGAAGUUCAGAGGGAUGAGGCUCUGCAAAAUUUCAUAGAAGCUCAGGAGACUCUGGAAGAUUACCAAAGAAAGGCUAAAGAUAAAACCAAAAAGUUGGAGAACAAUGAGGACUACCUGAGAGACAGUCUUGGUGAGGCUAACCAGGAGAGGGAGGAUCUAUUGGAGCGGAUCUCACUCCUUCAGUCCAAAAUUAAAAGUCAGAAUGAGGAAAUUAGGAGAUUACAGCUUUUGGAGGACAUGGAACUAGAUAGCCGGAGGGAAUUAGAGAAGCAGAAUACCGAACUAAAAUCUUCACUAACCAAAAACUCCACCAAACUUAGCAGACUGGAGGCAGACUCCUUGAAGAUGACAAGUCUAGAGAGAGAGAAUGCUCGACUUCAGAGCCAAGUGGACCGCCAGAGGGAGCAACUGUCAGUGUGUCAACAGGAAAUAGAGGAGAGUAGGACCAUGUUGUCACAACUCGAACAACUCGCCCAGCAAGUCCAGAACCAGAACAAGUCUCAGAGUAGAGGAGCAAGUUUUAAUGACAGCGGUGUGUACAGUGUGAGUGUCCGAGCUGUCUCUGACUCUUCUAAAGGUCAAUCACAUGACAUGGGGUCAUCCACAUUCUAUAGGUCGGGAGGGGCAGAGUAUGGAGCAAGUGAACAGGCCUCUGCAGCCUCAGGAGGAGCCAGAGCAAUUUUGCAGGACCUAAGGAUGCAGUUGGCAAUGAAGGAUGCAGAAAUCCAACGUCUACAGUCCUGUCUGCAAUCCCAGGAAGCCAGUAGUCAGACGGUUCUUAUAGAGAGUCUACGAAUGGAACUGACCAGCAUGCUGGAGAACAAACAUCAAGGUGCUCAUAAAGUCCAAGAGCUGGAGAUGCUUGUUUCCCAGUACGAAGCAGACAAAUCCAGGAUGGCUGGUGAAAUAUCCGAGUUAAAGAGAGAGCUAGGAGAGAGGGAAUCUCAGAAUACAUCAUUUGAGACCAGAAUCACUCAGAGGAACUCACAGCUGAUUGAGCUUCAGGAACAGAUUAACCACAAGUGUACUGAGAUUAGCAAUCUUGAAAGGGAGGUCAGAAAGAAGUCAUCCCAGAUCAACCAAUUAGAAGAACAACUGGAUGAAAAGUCCGCCGAGUUUUCUACUUGUGUGUCCCGAGUCAAACAGCUGGAGCAUGACGUCACCUUUAGAGAUGAAGAAAUCACCAGGAUUCAGGUAGAACUGAAGGAAAAACAACAAACCCUUCAACAGCUCCGCAGCAGCACCGAGAAAAAUCAACAGCUUCACCAGGAACAGUGUAGGGAUUACGAGAAGCAGAUCGACAUGAUCCAAAAGGAACUUGAAAAUAAAACAUCAGUAUUUGAAGAAAACUCAAGUCAUCUGUCACAUUAUAAAAGGGAAUUGGAAGAAAGGAACUCACAAGUGAAGAAAUUACAGAAAGAACUCAAUAAAACAAAGGAGGAGCUGGAACUGCAAACCCAGCAGAGUCAGUUUUCCCUUCGUCAGUUGGAGGCUCAGGCUAGUGAGGGGACUUCACAGAUGAGACAGCUCGAGAUGGCUCUACUUCAGUGUAAAGAAGAAGUCAAGACAUAUCUCGGGGCACUGGAAGAAUCUCGAGACAAAUACGACAGAGACAUCAGACACAAGGAAGAAAUGGUGAAUAAAAUGGAGAGACAUAUAAAGCAAAUUCAGAAAGCUUUAGAAGACAAGUACCAAGAAAACAUUGAGCUGGAGAAAACAGUGUUUGAACAUCAGACAAUGCUGCAGCAAAGUACGACCAGAAUAACUGAGUUGGAGGAUGUCCAAUCAGAACUGGGGAAACAAGUUUCUCAGCUGGAACAUCAGCUGUUAACUCAGAAAGCUCAGGCCAUGACGGAAUCUCAGAUGGCAGAGAAGAAACUCAAACAAGCUUGUGAAGAUCUCGAGCACAGGACGGUGACCAUUAACAAACUCACUGAUGCCCUCAGAGAAUUAGAGGUGGAGAAGAAGAACAUGAAUGAAGAAAUCAAUAUGUUGGAGCAGCAACUUCAGGACGAACAGGAGAGCAACGACGAGAAGGUCAAGAGGAUGUCUAAACUAGAGAAGGACAUCAGAGAUCUCAGGGUGCAGCUAGAGCAGAAAAUAGAGAUAGUGAAUGAUUAUGAAGAUCAGAUUCAAAAGAAAACAGAGGACAUGGAUCAGCAAACACAGUUGGUCAGUGACCUUGACAGUGAGGUUAAAAGGUUACAGGUAGCUCAGAAACAAGCUAUAGAGCAGAGUGAAGAUACAGAGAAGAAACUUCAGAGGGUGAUUCAGGAGGACCGAGCUAAGGAGGAGAUGAUUGAGGACAUGAAGGAUACUCUCAGGAAAACUCAGGAGGAGUUGAAUGAAAAGAGACAUGAGGCAUUCAAACUUUCAGAAGCUCUAGAAGACAGACAGAGGGAACUUCAUCAAAGAACAUCUCAGGUGAAUGAACUUAGCAUGACUGUUAAGGAACAGCACACAGAGAUGAAACAGAGAAUUAUUACUUUGGAAAGUUCACUGAAGAAAUAUGAACUGGAAAUUCAGGAAAGAACAAAACAGAUAGCAGAGCUGGAUGACAAACUACAGGAGACUCAGGCCAAACUGGCUGAGAUGACCCUCCAAUAUCAGCAUGCUGACCAGCUGUGUAAGAAACAAAACCUGGAGCUCCAGUCAAAGACUGCCAAACUACAGGAGCUUGAAAAGGCAGUUGACAGACAACACAUGAAACUGGAGGAACAGAAGGAUGAAAAUGUAGAAGUCACUCAAGAGCUGAGACUCACAAGAGAGCAGUUGCAGCAGCAGCAUACAGAGUUUAUGUCAACGAGACGUCAGCUGGCUCAAGUCAACCGUGAAAAUGAACGUCUCACCAGAGAGAUGGAGGAGGUUAAUAUAGUCAGACAGACAAGAGAGACUGACACAGCUCGCCUGGAGGAGGAACUCGGGGCCACAAAAGCUCGCGAGAUACAGGCCGAGACUAAAUUGAAUGCUGAGAUUCGACUCAGGAAUGAAGAGAUGGAAAGGGUUAGAGAAGAGCAUCAAGUUUUGGUGGAUGAACUACAGCGCUCCAUCAGUCACCUGAGUGAAGACAAGGAGAAAAUGGAGAGAGAAUUGGAAAAGAAAAUGAUUCAAAUAAAGGAACUGGAGAUCCAUUAUCAGGCUCAGUUUGACAUUCUCCAGAAAGAACUCGAGAACAUACAGGGAGAGAUGAUAGCUAAGAAGGAGCUGGCCACUGUGGCUAAUGAAUCUCUGAUUCUGAAGGACUCUGAAAUAGCCAGGCUAAGGACUAAAAUCUCAGGACUAGAAAGAACAAUAGCUUCUUUGAACAUGUCCAAUAAUUUUGAUUCUGUGUAUCAGAGUUCAGUGAUUGGUGCAGAAGUUGUUAAACGUCGACACGGGUCAGAAAAUGCAAGUGAGGUGGAUUCUCAAGAAUCUCGCAGUGCUCCUGUCUCCCCUGCUGCCAGGAGGAAAAUUUUAAAGGAGCCAUAUUCCACAGCAGGAAAACUGCAUGGUGAAUUUCACGAACCUGAAGACGAAACUUCCCUCUAUAUGCUGCCAGUGCCAAAAGAUAGCAAGACUGCCGAAUCAAAACGAAAUCAACAGGUGCAUUUUAAAGAUGGAGACAUUGAUGAAUUUGAUGAAGUGUUAAAUGAAGAGGAAGAUAAGUGGAGAAAAUCAAAUCUUGUGAAGAACAGUGCUGUGUGUAAGGGUCCAUUGAGGAGUAAAGGUGUGCCCCGUGCUAGUGAUAAAAUGAACUCCAAAGACUUCCGUAAUUUAGCUGCCCAGAGAGGUAGAGGAAGAAAAUCGGAUCAUUUGCCGGGAGAAUUUGAAAUAGAGCCAAUGACAGCUGUUAGGAUGUACAAGAGUCCACAGUACUCAGAUCAGGGUAGGAUUGACACAGAUCCUGCACAAGGGAUCUAUGAACUUCAGGAGAGAUUAAGAGCUAACGAACUGAGACAACAGCUGAUUGAUCAACAAUUAAAAAACAUUGAUGAAGGUGCUAUUUGUUCCUAGUAAAGACUAGAUCCUAGAUAACUCUUAUUACCAAAGAUAUUUUAUCAUGAUUACAAGAUGCCUUCAUGCAUUUACUGUAGCUGCAAUUUCGGCAUUUGAGAUUUGUUUUGGAUUGAAGGUAAUGGGCCAGGAAUUUACAAAAAUGUAUUGAAAUUUUAUGCUGUAUAUCAAGUUAUAUUUGUGAUAAUACGUAUACAUGCAACUGAUAUAGAAUAUUUGUCUUGCUGUUAUAUGAAUCUGUGAUGCAACAUUAAAUGAUGUCAUACUUAGGUUGAUCAACUUGUGAACAUAGAAGAGUGAAAACACUUAGAUCUGUAGUUUUGGUGCACAUUUUUCAUUUUGAGACAUUGAGAUCUGAUGACCAAUAUUUUAUUUUAUUUAUCUGUUAGUCUGUUUGUACAUGUAUGUACAAUGACAUAGUGUUCUAUAUUGUUGAUAUGUAUGGAUUUUUUGAAGAA